AUGUCCGUCUUUACCGAUUCACCGCGUCCAUUACUGUCCUCCACCUCUUCUCCCAUGACUCCCGAUCUCCUCCAGAGCAGGCGUUCUUCACGCCCCAGCCAGGUCCGGACGGAUCUGGUCCCUCCAUCACAUGCCCAGCUCGUCGUUAUACCACCAUCAGCAGUCAGCAACUCGUCCGCCUCCACCAUGUGGCCAAGCUCGCAACAUGGCUCGCCAACCCAGUCUAUGGAGGCUGUUGCCAGUCUCACGACGGCCAGCUCCCUACAGGGCUCACCAGACUCGCUGGAGCCGGGGCAGGAAAAGGGGCUUGAGCUCGUCACCCCUUUGCAGCUUCCGGAGGCCAUUGUCUCGAAGCAGCCUGACCAGACUACCACCACAUUGUCUCGAAGAACCAGCAACACCUCACUCGGCAGCACCCUGAAGAGCCCCCUUGGAAGCACAACGGCCAUGGCUGAGGCUAGCAAGUCGAUGAGCCUGAUCCGUCGAACCUCGAGCUCGCUUCGUAAUAGGGCCAAUGGCCUGUUCCCUCGAAGGGGUUCCUCAACCCAUCCAAGGAGCCGGGAUGGGAGCGUUGGUCCCGGUGUCAUGCGAAGGAGGGGCAGUAUGAGCAAUCCCGGCACCCCCUAUGACAAUAUCAGUCCCUUCGAGACUGAUUCAGAUGAUGAUGUGGUACUCGUGGGCGUCGAUGAAGUAUUUGGCGGUGAUGGGGCCAUCCGAGAACCAAGCCCUCUUGCUUCAACACAAUUGGCCGCGAGUUUUGGCUCCGUUCCGCUCUCCCUCCGCCAAGGGACACCACUGACGAAAAUCACCAAAAAGAACAACCGAAAGCGUAUCGUUCUGACUCUGGACCCCGACUCGGCCAAAAUCUGGUGGGAUCGGACCAAGGCAUCCAAGUGUGUUUAUGUCGACGACAUCAAGGAGAUUCGCAUGGCGGGAGACAUUGGACAGUACUUGCUCGAUGCGAAACUCGAAGAAAAGGACAGGCCCAGGUUCUUCUCCUUGAUGUAUGCGGUUCCAGGGAAGCCAGGGGUAACAAAGUGGCUACACCUCAUCACCGACACAGACAAGGCCUUCUACGACUGGACCCAGACACUUGGAGCCUUCUCCCAGUACCGGCAAGAUUUUGCGGCCAGCCUUAUGGCUUUCAAUGACGAUGCUGUUCGUGUUUAUUGGGACCGGGAGAUGGAAAAGCGGUUCGGUGCGGUGCGUUCCAAGGAGGCCGAACAAAUCGAAUUUGCCGAUGUUGAACGUGUGUGCCGAAACCUGCAUAUUCAUGCGUCUACCGAUUCACUGCGGAAAAUCUUCAACACUAUCAAGGGCAAGCCCCUGUCGUACUCCCAGAGCAGCAACCUUGGCCUCAACUUUGAUGAAUUUCUUGAAUUUGUACGAAUGAUGAAGGCGCGAGAAGACAUCCGCCGCGUAUAUCAAGAACACACCGCGAGUCAGGAGAGUGGUAUGACCAAGCCCGAGUUCUUGCAGUUCUUGCGACUUGUGCAGUGUGAGAAUGUCGAUGAGGACUUGGCAACUUGGGAGGCCACAUUCGCUCGCUUUGCGCGCAGGGGCAAAGCGAAGGAUGCCGAGUCUCAGGGUGAUGCAGGUCUUACCAUGUCAGAGGCCGCGUUUGCCAGUUAUCUUUCCUCUUCUUCCAAUGCCGUCAUUCCCAAAGCACCACAAAAGUACGACCUGAACAGACCAAUCAACGAGUACUACAUUUCCAGCUCCCACAACACCUACUUGCUCGGUCGUCAAGUAGCAGGCACCUCUAGCGUAGAGGGCUACAUCUCUGCACUGAUGGGAGGUUGCCGAUGUGUCGAGGUCGAUUGCUGGGAUGGUGCUGAUGAUCAGCCCGUCGUCUCGCAUGGUCAUACGAUGACCACGCGCAUCUCCUUUCUCGAGGUCAUCAAGACCAUCAACAAGUACGCCUUUGUCAAGUCUCGGUUUCCUCUCUGGAUCUCCCUGGAGGUGCGGUGCAGCCAAGCGACGCAGGUCAACAUGGCCAAGAUCAUGAUCGAGAUCUUUGGUGACAAGCUGGUGCAAAAGCCUCUCGAGUCCUUCACUGAUCGCCUCCCAACCCCGUCAGAUUUACUGGAGCGUAUCCUCAUCAAGGUCAAGAAGCCGCAACAGCCCGACCCCGUCGAGCGGGUUGGUCGUAGACGCGGCAACAGCAUGCCUUCGCCAUUCCAACGCCCACUGCCAGACAACGGACCGGUCCCAUCCAGUCCCCUCCUGAGUCCCACAGCGAUGGCCCGCACCAACCGCAUCAACACCAUUACCGAGGGCAAGGUUCACGACACGCCCAGCAGCAGCCCCAGCGAGUGCGACAGCGAGAGCGAAAAGGAUUCGGCAAGAAAGGUGGUCAACAGUAAGAUAAGCCCGGUGCUCGGCGCGCUCGGAGUUUACUGUGUCGGUAUCCAAUUCGACGGCUUCGAUACUCAAGAGGCCAAGUCGUUCAACCACAUCUUCUCAUUCAAAGAGAAGACGUUUGCGGAGAAGAACCAACCUGGCCCAUCGAAGCAGGCGCUCUACCGCCAUAAUAUGCGGCACUUGAUGCGGGUUUAUCCCAAUGGUGGGCGCAUCACAUCCAGCAACUUCGACCCACUGAUCUACUGGAAGCGCGGAGUGCAGAUGGCGGCGCUCAACUGGCAGACAUUUGACCUCGGCAUGCAGCUGAACCAGGCCAUGUUUGCUGGCGGAACAGACCAGUCAGGUUAUGUUUUGAAGCCAUUAGAGGGGCGUCAGAUCCAGCUCAUGCCCAACUUGACCGCUGAUGAAUGCGUGGGCAAACGGCCGCGCAAGAGGGUUUCCUUUGAUAUUGAUGUUAUUUCAGCCCAGCAGUUGAUGAGGCCGCUCAAUCUCGGAGAGAAACGGACGUUGGAUCCCUACGUCGAGGUUGAAGUCUUCCUUGCCGACGACAAGAGAAACAAGAACAAUGCCGUCUCCAACGUUACCGUCGAAGAGUCGAAGCGCACCUACCGCUCCAAGUUUGUUCGCGACAAUGGCUUCAAUCCCGAGUUCGACAUGUCCUGUUCGUUCGACCUGACCACCAAAUACCCGGACUUGAUCUUUGUGAGGUUCAAGGUCAAGCAGGCCGAAUCCAAGGGUUACAAUGAGAAAUCUCCUCCUCUGGCAACCUACACUGCCAAGCUUUCCAACCUCAAGCAAGGCUACCGCACAAUCCCACUCCUGAACAAGGAAGGCGAACAAUUCCUGUUCUCCACUCUCUUCGUCAAGAUCCGCAAGGGUCCCGUGGAGGUGUUCAUGGCUGAUUAUCAGGAAGAGGCCCCCAAGAACGGGAACAGACUCAAGAAUAUUGGCAGGAACGUCUUCAACCAAUCCAACACGAGCCCCAAGUCAAGCAUGGACAGCGGCCGUUCCUGA